AUGUCCAAUCGUUCAAGUGGUCCAGGAAAAUUAGUUUUUCGAACAAAAGAUGAUAUUAAAGUGUUUUUCCAUGCUCCCGAAGAUGUACCAUUUUAUAACAUUGACAGUGACUUCAAGGAAUUAGUGUUCUGGGGUUCGAAAGUUACCAAAAUUUUUACGGUGAUCGAAAUCGACAACGACCCAGCCCUCCUGGGUCUUCCAGUUGACCGUCGGGGUUGCAGAUUUCCUGACGAAGACACAAAUUCCUUGAAGGCCUACCAAUAUUACAGUCAUAGUGUCUGCAUGGUCCAAUGUAGAUUGGAGGAACAACUUCAAUUGUGCAACUGUACACAUCAUUUGAUGCCAGAAGUCUAUGCGGAAUUCUACUGUGAUCUCAAGGGUUUGACAUGUUUAACUGAAAAUGAAGUUUAUUCUCUAAUUUAUCCAUAUCCACGGAUAAUGAUUUUAGACAAAUUGCUUGGAGUAAAAUGUGAUUGUGAACCGUCGUGCACUGAAUCUGAUUAUAACAUUAUACAUAGCUACCAUGAAUCUUCUGAGGAAAUAGAAGGCAUAGAAGUUGAAAUAAAAUUACAAGCCUUACCUACAUUACGUUAUGCAAGAAAAAUCGUCAGAACAACUUUGGAUCUUGUUGGAAACAUCAGAUCAGGUCUUUUGGUUCAUCCUGAUUUGGUCCAUAUAGUCUACGCCAUUGGCAACAAAGUUUCUAUUCAAAAUUGGCGCACCAAAGAACAACAUUUUUUAUCCGGCCACACAAAUUUAGUAUGUUCUUUAGAUCUCUCAAGAUCCGGAAAAUAUGUGGCGAGUGGCCAAUUGAAUCAUAUGGGAUUUAAAGCAUGCUUCAUAAUUUGGGACUUUUAUGAAAGAACCAUUAUUACCAAACAGGAAUUACAUAAAGUUCGUGUAGAAAUAUGUAGAUUUACAGGAGACGAAAAUUUCUUAAUAACGAUUGGAGGCCGUGAUGAUGGAACAAUUAACGUUUGGGACAUUGGAGGCAGAAGUACUAUUUAUAAUGGAGCAGCUGCCAAAAUUACUGCAGGCGAUUGUUAUGGAUGUACUCUUCGUCUAUGGGCGAUUUAUCCAGAAAAAUAUGACGCCAGAUUUGUUGAAGUAAAUUGCGGCAAAUUAAAACGAAUUUAUACUUGCAUUGUUGGAAAUAGCAGAGACGAGUAUGGAUAUUGUGGAACCACCAGUGGAGAUAUUGUCAAGAUUCGAUUUAAUUAUCAUUAUGAUACUGAGAUUUUAGAUUGUCCAAAAGUGCCAGUGAUCAUUGGAUGUUAUGGUUUGUUCAAUGGAAAGAAAACCAAAGGCCAGGAUGUUGAACUCUACAGUAUGGGUGUCCAAGCAUUGCUUUUACUGCAUGAUGGUAGUUUGCUCAUUGGUGCAGGAGAUGGAACAAUAGAUUUAGUCGUAGAACGUGACAUCCCAGAUGAAAAACACGAAACAGGAAAAUUGACAGACCAACGACUCCCAACUUCAAAAAGAAAACAGUUGGAGUUGCAAACGAAUCAGAGCGAGAUUUUCACCAUCGAUUUGGAGAAUUUUGAUCUCAAAUUGAAGACAACGUGCCACACAGCAGCUAUAUUUGCUUGUGUAUUUCCUUGGAAAUACAGUGGUGUAUUCGCAACUGCUUCCAAAGGAGAUGUACGCAUUUGGUCAAUGGACAAAACAGAAUUAUUGAGAAUCAAGCAUGAAAAUUUUUAUUGCUCAAGCUUAACGUUUACUUAUAGUGGAAAAGCUAUAAUCACAGGUUGGAAUGACGGUAUUGUGAGAGCUUUUACACCAUUAACUGGAAAAUUAAUGUGGUCCAUCACAAAUGCCCAUAAUAAAGGCGUCUCAUGUCUGGCAAUCACAUCUGAUGAUAAACGUUUGAUUACUGGAGGAUGUGAAGGACAAGUUCGGGUGUGGGCACUGUAUCCAACCCAUCAAAAUAUGGAGAUAAUUUUUAAGGAGCAUGCAGGACCUGUGACUUCACUGCACAUCAAUUGCUUCGAUUCUGAAGCUGCCAGUUCGAGUACAGAUGGAACUGUUAUUAUUUGGGACUUGAUACGGAUGGUUCGCAAAAUAGUGCUCUUCGCCAACACCCUCUUCACCUGCGUCCGAUAUUACCCGACAGCAGUUCAAUUGCUGACUGGAAGUGCAGACAAAAGAGUUGUCUAUUGGGAGGCACUCGAUGGAUCGAUGGUGAGAGAGUUGAGAGCCUCUGCAUCGGGGGCGAUCAACACUGUUUGCAUUUCCAUGGGAGGAGAACUGUUUGCCACUGGGUCGAAUGAUCAAAUUGUCAAGCUCUGGGAUUACAUGGAUGGUACAUGCAGUUUCAUAGGCUGUGGUCACACAUCAUCCAUCACGGCUGUUGCGAUUUCUCCGGACUCGAGGUUCAUUGUCAGUUGCAGUGCCUCCGGUAGCAUUUUCAUCUGGAAAGUACCGGAGAUAGUUUUGAAAAAUAUUAAACAGUCCGAAGAGUUUGUAGCAGCCGAUAAGAAAGCAGAAAAAAAGUGUGCGAGGCCUUUAAAAACUCAAAAUAUGAAAACAAAAGCAUUGGCUGCUGCACGAUCAAAUACGUCCAUAGGAAAGGCAAAAGUCGAGGAAGAUAUUAAGAACAAAGCUGGAAGACCGACUGAAAGUCCUCAUGUUUCUCUCGGAGAAUGUCCCUGUACUGAUAAAAGCAAAGCUGACAAGACGAAGGCAUAA